UCACACUUCUUGUCCUUCCUCCUGGGUUUAUAAAGGUUCAUCCUUUUCUAUUCCCCUGCAGCGUUUUCCUUCCAAAGGCAUUGCCCUUUGAAGCCUCCGUACUCGAUAUCACUCAGCAAUCUCUCGGUUUUCUUGCUUUCGAUCGUCGCUUCAUUUCCCCAAACGAUCGUGCCGUCAUCUGCUCCCGUUCAGGAAAAGCCAUGUUGAGCGUCUUGUCCUGCAUAUAGCAUUUCUUUCUAGUCGUGUUUGGGUCUCGCCCUAUAUCUCUUGGUUUCCCCCUCUUUAUUGUAUUCGAUAUUCUUCCAAACACGGAAGCCACCAGCGCCGCGACGAUUCCGCUCAGCCCCUGCUAUGCUCCGCUCGCCUACCACUGCUAUCACUUCCUCCUUCCCAUCUUGCGAAUCGGUUUCCUUCUCAACUUUCAGGUACCACGCGGAAAAGCUUCCCAGAUAGGCAGCCUUCCAAUCGAUAUUGUUUCUGUCUGCCCUAAACUCUUGACGGUCAAACGCGCUCCAAAAGAACCACCCUAACAGCCCCUAGCCCCUUUGCAACCUUUUACGUUUAAUAUUUGUCUUGAGAUCUCGUGUGUUUGGGAAUGAUCAUCAAGGAAUCGCUCGUUCAAGGCUUGAACAGCCACCUUUAUAGCUCGACAUACCCUAAACCUUUGCCUUCCGAAUCUGCCGAGCAGCAUACGCUGUGCGGCUUUGAAGGACCCGAAAAAGUUCUUGAAAUUUGGUUUCGUCCUGUUAACGGGAAAGAAUCCCCUAUUCUCAUCGAUGCGCACCGUGCGGUAGCGCGUGAGGUAGAGUCUUUGAGUGAAGACGAUGUAUCUGUUGGCGAUAUUGAUGAGAUUGUCGACUGUGCGCGUCCAAAGCACGAUUAUCCGGUUGAUGUCUUUCAGGACAACCAUGGAAGAUGGCAGUAUCGCCGGUCGGGUUUGAGGUUGGUGGACCGUGCAGUUUGGGAAGAAAUGCUGCGGAUUGUCAAGUGCCAGGUGCUGAACGUUGUCAACAAUGAGUGCGUAGAUGCAUACUUGCUGAGUGAAUCAUCCAUGUUCGUUUACCCUCAUCGUUUGAUUUUGAAAACAUGCGGUACUACGACGCUUCUUCACGCCGUCCCAAAGAUUUUGGAUAUUGCGAGAGAGUAUUGUGGUUUUCACGAUGUCAAUGCUGUCUUUUAUUCUCGCAAGGCAUUCUUGUUUCCUGAGAAACAAGUCUGGCCUCAUGGUCGGUGGGGCGAUGAGGUUUCGUACCUGGACAAGCUCUUUUGCAAGGACGAGUUUGAAACAGCAGGCUACGUUUUGGGCAAGAUUAACGGUGACCACUGGUGCCUAUACAUGUGCACGCCGCACCGUCUUAGCUUGGACCUCGACGGUGUCGAACUAGCCGAAUCGUCAUCCUCACACGACAGCGACGCUGGGUCCUCUAUUAACGAAGAGGAGGAGGAAGAGGAUGAUGUUACUCUGGAGAUUCUGAUGACCCAAUUGGAUCCGGCUGCCAUGAAGGCGUUUUGGCGUACAGCAGAAGAGCUUCGUGCUGCCAAGGACGGCAAAGACAUCUCUCAAGAGGGUGCUCAACGUGUUUACCACGCAACCGGGAUUGCGGACAUCUACCCAAAGGCCACCGUCGAUGACUAUCUGUUCGAUCCAUGCGGAUACUCUCUCAACGGACUCUUGGGCCCGUACUACUUCACCAUCCACGUGACGCCGGAAGAUGUGUGCUCCUACGCUUCCUUUGAGACAACUGUCCCGGUGAAGCGUUUUUACUCCCACAUCCGUGCCGGAUCGGAAAGUGAAUACGACACAUUCGAAGACGUGAUUCAACGCGUCGUGUCCGUUUUUCGCCCUGGAACCUUUUCUACGACUUUGAUAUCGCGCAAGAGCGUUGGACACAAGCAUGGCAAGACGGAUGGGCUGUUGGAAGGCCAUAUUGGUGGAUUCCGGCGCCGUGACCGGAUUGUGCAGUGUUUGGGCAAGUGGGAUCUGGUGUUUUGCCAUUAUGAUCGACAUGUGGAUGGUACGAUGAUGAGAAAGGGGACCAAAACCGCUCUUCGAUGACUGAUAACUUUUGGGGUUUUUGACACUGGGAUUUUUAUGGAUGAUGCGGGGGGAUCUUUUGACCUUUUCAUGUUUUGAUACGGGCCCGUCUUUCUGAUAUGCAGAAAUGUUGUGGCUACUUGGUUAUUCGACACUAUCAAUAUACAAUUGACCUGAAAGCA